AUGGAUUCCAAAAAUUUGCCUCUCAGACCCAAGAUUACUGUCUCAGGUGAGAUGAAGGAAGAGAGGCCUGUCAGUUUUAACUGCUCUGCUGCAGCUCCCUGUCCCAAACACUCUCCUAAACUGACAUGGACUCUCCCAACCCUGUUUACACCUGAGAACCAACUGCAAGAGAAUUCAGAUCAAACCAAAUCUGUUCUCUCCACGGUGACAUUCACUGCUUCACACCUUCAUCAUGAGAAGAACAUCACUUGUACUGCAGUCUACCCAGUAGGAACAAGCAACAAGACAGCUGAACAUACCAUGACGCUUAACGUUUUAUUCUCUCCUAAAAACACCUCAGCCUCCCUCAGUCCAGCUGAUCCAGUAUCAGUGGGCAGUUGUGUGAAUCUGACGUGCAGCAGCACAGCCAACCCUCCUGUGACAAACUUCACCUGGUUCCAGAUUUGUGGGGGUAAACCAACACAGGUAGCAUCUGGACAGACCUACACCAUCAAUGUGACUGUUGGUGAUGGAGGGAUGUACUACUGUGAAGCAAGAAAUGAUCACGGCAUUGAGAAGUCAAUGAAAGUGCUUCUAGCUAUUGAAGGGCAAGAAGAGCCUCUUAACCCAAGGGUUUUGGGAAUUGCAGGAGCAGGAGGAACCUUGGGAGUCAUUUUGCUAAUCAUCCUGAUCACUUUCUUUGGAUGGAAGAGAACAUCUAGGCUCCCUGAUGGACUUGAAAGGACAGACAAUCCACUGGGACAGAACUCCCCAGUUGGGAUGGCGUAUACUAAUCAGGCCAUGACCGGAGAGGAACCAGAGGAACCAGCAGAAGACCAGCCUGAGGAGAUCCACUACGGUGAGAUAGACUUCUCCAAACUUCGGCCCAAAGAGACCCCAGCUGUAGCCCUGGACAGGGAACAGGGGCAGGAGAGUGAAUACGCUGAAGUCAGUGUGACCGGGAGAGGGGCCCAGGAACCUCCAAAUCAAAUCAAAUCGAAUUUAUUUAUAUAGCCCUUCGUACAUCAGCUGAUAUCUCAAA